UCUGAAGUCGUCAGUGUCCGUUAGCUGCGAAUGGUGGAAACAUCAAGAAAACCGAGGCUGCGAGUGAUAAAUGGCUACUAGUUAAUCGCGACCUUCGAGAAACUUUCGCGACGACGCUGAUAUCAGCAAAUAUAAAGCCGCGAGAGAAAAAAAACGAAAAGUAAUAAAAGCUGACUCAAUUAAUUUUUUAUACUUUCGCUUUACGCGUCAAAGUGUUAAAUGCUGCGCGUGAUUGCUGCGAACCGGUGAUAAUAAUUUACGCCAACGCGAUUUUUUCGGAGUAAAUCGUAAAGUAGAUAUCAUAAAAUACUGUAAAAAAUAUAAUAUAAAACAUUACAAAAAUACGGAAAUUAAUAAAUCGUUCUUUGAAAAACUGAUCGCGCACGAACAUUCGAUAAACUAUAAUAAUUGUAAGAUAAGACCGAUUGUGUGAUAAGAGCGACGUAUGCUCCAAAAAAUAAAAGUAUCGAUACUCGGAGAUGGUCUCUGAUGAAAUUAAGGGCAUUCGAUAAAACUUGAAGAAAACUACUUGUUGAAUUCAUUGCAUUGAAAGCUGCAGCUCCGGAAUCGCCAGGAAAAAUAGGACAGCCGUUCCAUUCCCAUCUCACAUGGCUACGAUCGCAAAUAUUGGUGCAUUAAAGGAAGAUGGCCCACGAGAAGAAAUGACGCAAGCCUCGUCUUCUCAAGAUAAGCAUUACUACAGCAAACGCACACAAUGGAGGCAAUGGCUAGCAUGUAUAUCAGCAACUCUAUCCAUGGUAGCGGUCGGUACUGUUUACGGAUGGACCACUGCCUCUCUCUCACGACUCACGGACGGUGCCAGCGACGUUCCAGUGAAGAUCACCCAGGAUGAAAGUUCGUGGAUCGUAUCGCUGACGGUGAUCGGCUCGAUGAUCGGUCCGUUUCUCGGAGCGGGUCUCGCCGAUCGAUAUGGCCGCAAGAAAGCUCUUCUGUUUGCCAGCGGUUUCUUCAUCGUCGGCUGGACAGUCGUCUUCUUCGCCCAGAGCGUCGAGGCUCUCUACGUUUCGAGGAUAAUCCUGGGCAUCGGCGUGGGUAUGGCGUACACCGCCAAUCCGAUGUACGUAUCGGAAGUAGCCGACGUCGAUAUCAGGGGCGCCCUCGGCACUUUGAUCUCCAUGAAUGUGUUCACCGGCUCUUUACUGACGUGCUGUAUCAGCCCCUGGGUGUCUUAUCAGGUUUUAGCGGCUAUACAACUCGCGAUACCCAUCCUUUUCGUGGUGUGUUUUUCCUUCUUUCCAGAGACUCCCGCCUUUCUCGCGGCGAGGGGUCGCAGAGCGGAAGCCACUAGAUCCCUGGCAUUCUUCAAAGGAAUCCGCGAUCGUGACGAGGCUAGAAGAGAACUGGAGUAUGCUCUGCGCAACAAUUUCCUCGGGGACGUUUGCGAUAAUAUCCCGACGACUGGUCCCGGAGCACGAACGGAACCGGUUAAGCGCAACUGGAUUGUCAAGUUGAAGCUAAUGCUGUUGCCCAGCAAUAUCCGUGCCCUCGGUAUCGUGCUCGGUCUCAUCAUGGCGCAACAACUAAGCGGAAACUUCAGUACUAUGCAGUAUCUCGAAGUACUCUUCAAGAAGGUGGCCGUCGGCAUCGAUUCCAAUAUGGCUACGGUACUCGUCCUCGCAGUCGGCCUCAUCUCAUCCGGAUUAUCAACCGCAACCGUCGAGGGCGCGGGCAGACGUCCAUUGUUGAUUGCUUCCACCCUAGGCUCCUCCGUUACCCUUAUGAUUCUUGCGAUAUACCUCACGUUGGACGGACAAGGCAUCGAUAUGUCCGCAGCGAAUCUUCUGCCGGUCAUCGACGUGAUCGCCUUUCAGAUAGUCUUCCAGUUCGGAUUAGGUACGCUGCCGAGCGCAUUGAUCGGUGAAUUGUUUCCCACCGAGGUAAAGGCAUUGGCCGGCGCCAUCGUCACCAUCUUCGACGGGGUGCUUGGCUUCGCUGUCUCAAAGCUAUACCAGGUGAUCGGCGACUCUCUGGGUGCCGACAUCGUUUAUUAUUUCUUCGCAGGUUCAUGUUUAUGUGCGUUCAUAAUGGUAUUUUUCGGCGUACCCGAGACCAAGGGCCGGACGUUCCGUGAAAUUCAGGAACUCCUGAGGGGUGACAAGAAGAUGGAGGACGUAGAAAGUUCACAGAGUCGAAAUAACGUGGGGUGACAGAGAGAGCCGUGUCGCGUUCCAUUCUGGGCGCGGCGCAAACUUGCUCAUCCAACAUCAUCGAACGUUUUAUUUGAACGACGAAUCUUGAAACGGCGACUACUUACCCUUACUUGUAUAUAUAUAGUACUUUUAUACGCGACCAGAAGCGAGUCGCUGAAUCAUUUUUGCUUCGCGGCUCGCGUUGUUCACGAUUUUUCUCGUACUCGCUUUCGGGAAAUAAAGAAUUUAUUAAAUUCAUUGUUGCUACAUGUAUAAAUCCGUGCCUACCCAGAUGUGUUGUUUGUAUUCUCUCAAAUGCAAGUAUUUUCACGAUUAUGAGUUCUCGUUAUGAAUUUCACGCUUUAUUUAUUAAAAUACUGCUACAAGGAACGCUAUCUUUAUAUACGGCUCCUCUUUCUUAUUUUCUUUUCUUUUCUCACGCGAAAUGUUACGCGGGUGGGAUAUUUAACGAGACGUCAGACUUCAGAGUUGUUUCUCGUGCACAUACAAGAUAAAAUAUUUAAGUAAGGGAAACUGAGAGAGAGAGAGAGAGAGAAAGGAAAAUGAAAAUAAAAAAGACUGGCAAGUAAAAAUUUCGCGUAAACGCUGUAUCUUUUAUACAGAAGCGUAGAAAUCAUAGAAGUGGCGGUUAAACAUUGAGAUGAAGAGAGAGAAAAAGGCUGAAAAAUCGUACAAAUGUUUUGUGAUAAAAAAAGAUUUCAUCCAGACAAGCAUGCUUUAAUAUUUUCACAGUCUCUAAUUAAUUUAUAAAGUAAUAUUUUCGUAUGUUUAUGUAUGUUUUCGUAUACUUUACGUAUUGCUUCUCUAUCGCAAUUUAAAUAUAAUUCUCAUGUAUUCUUUCUUUUUUUUUGAAUAAUAAAAUCAGUAAAAGCAAUUCGGGGCAAUCAUAUCUGUGAUAUUGUUAUAAAGAGACUGAUAGAAAAUAUAUGUCCGUAGCUAUAAAAAAUAUUCGUAAAUGUAAGGCAAUCUUCGCGCAAUGCUUUUUGCUGGAUUAGUAAAAGUCGUAAAAAUUUCAAUUUGUGAAAUAUCCAGUAUAUGAGGAUUUUACAGACAACUCUAGUUUUUCUCUCUCUCGUACGCGGUUGAAGAUAAAAUAUAAAAACAACAGAUGCGAAUUCGCGUAUCCUAAAACAAAGAAUAGUUAGCUCUAUCAGUUUUCAAAUACAUUUUCUCUACACAUAGAAACAUUAAAGGCGCAUGUACAUUUCUUCGUAUAUAUUUGUAUAAGAAAGGAAUAUUUUAAUGUUACAAUUUUUGUGCAAUAAAUUACAGAGAUUAAUCCUUUGAA